AUGGUGGUUACCAGAGCAGUUGCUUUCCUGACAGAAAGGCUGCUGGGAAUCUGCAAACCUCCAUCCUCACCUCCUCUCACCUUUUCCAAAUCUCAGAACAGCAAGAAUGGGCACCAAGAGGAAAACUCAUUGCACUCUCCGACUGACACUGGGGGCAGCACGGGCUCCCUGAGGGGCUCUGAGGCCUGGAAAUCUGUCUGGGACAUCACCACUGGCUACGUGGCAACCAAGGUGUUUUCCAAAAACACCUGCAUCAUUUCUAAAAUGGACAGGAGUGUUUUGCUUCAUCAGCCAUUUCCUGCAGCACCUCAAGGACAUCAGGACCCUCCUCCUCACCCACUUCCCCCCAGAGGGAAUCGCCUCAUUAUCUCAACCAACAGACUCCAAAGCCUGAGCCCAUAUGGAAAACGCAUUCAAGCUCUGUGCAGAGGGAUUCCCUCUUACUUUGCUUACCCAACUGCUGGAUCAAACUUCUUAAUGCGAGACGUCGCAUGUUUGACAGUUGAGAUUAAUGAACUGCCCUUACCAAAUCAAAAUGGACUCCAGCAAGUCGUAGACCAGCAGCCAUCAACAUCCAUCACCAGGCAAAUCACCAUCAAUGGACAGUUACAACUUGUGUUCAUCAACAGGCAAUGGCGCGUGGCAACUAUCGAGCAACAGGGCGGCUUCAGGUCAUGGAAAACCAUCUGGGACUACAACACC